UCACAGAACGAAGAAAUGGACUGCACUAAUUUUUCAUCCCUCUCUUUGAAUGAAACACAGAUUUCAGUUGAGUGGAGCACCGAAGUCACAUCCUGUCUCUUUUGGAGCAUUGUUUACAAUGAGGAAGUUCUGAACAUCUCAAUAUUUACAAUUCUGAUACUUUUUGCUUUUUCCUUGGUUGUUAACAUUUAUUUGUUCCUGGGAUUGAAACACUCUGAAGCUCUUUCCUGGAAUCCACGUUAUAUGCUGUUGAAGAACCUGAUUGUGUGUGAUUUGCUGCUAACUCUGACCAUAGGUCUUCCGACACUUUACUGCUUGCUUUGCCGUCAAACUCUGAAAUUCAGCUUCAGGUGUGUAGCACAAUACUUCACCGUAAGUUUUACUAUCAUUAAUUCACUUCUGACUGUCGCUUCCAUGGCUUUGGAGCGUUUCUUGUACACAUGCCAUGGCAUCCAUUACCUGGGUAUCAUGACCAACAUGCGAAUAUACAGCUUUAUUAUUCUCAUCUGGUUGCUGGCUUUAACAGGGUCUGGGGUAUCGACUGUCCUAAUGCUGAUUGGCAGAGCAAAAUUUGAUCACAUCAUUGCAAUAUUUGUGUGUGAGCCUGAAGUUGUGCAAGCUCAGCUUGAGCAGUCAAAGUACUUUGAGAUGUUCAACAAAAUAUUGGUCGGAUGUGUGCUUUUCCUCUGCCUCCUCAUAUUCUUGUUCUCCUACGGCCGUAUGUAUCAAGAAGCCCGGCAGGUUCAGCAACCAUUCCAGCAGGACAACGCUCGUGCAAGAUGUACCAUUUUUUUCUACUUUGCCAUCUUUUUGCUUCAACUGUUUCCAAGCACAACUAAAUUUAUCACUAUGUGUAUCAAGGAUGUGGACAAUCAGAUCUAUAUGAUAAUGCUAGUCUUGGUUCCACCAUGUGUCAACCCACUAGCAUACGGUAUCAGAAAUAAAGAGGUGCGUCAGGCACUGGGGCGUCUUUGUGCUUCAAGAAUGCUUAAAGAGCUAUUUCAUAUGUAA